AAUAACCUCACGGCUGAUGUGCCAUCUUAAAUAUACAUAUAUACAGUAAAUAUACAUACUGAAUCUAAGAAGGUAGGACUGCAGAGGAGUCAAACAGAUGGCAACGUCACACCGGGUUCAAGAGCAGAUCAACUUUAGAAUUAUCUAAAGUGUAUAUCUCCUUUCUCUGCCUCCUCGCCAGAAGUCAUUUAGAACCAGCGGAGGAGACAUUCUGUCCGAUUAGUGUAGUGCUGGUGUGGUGUUCACAACCCUGUCACUAAUGCAGCGCUCUCUACCACUGGCGGAGUCAGGACCUCUCUAAGACAAUGUGGGCUAAAAUUGCUCAUACGUAUAUUCCCACAGAUGCUACAUUGUAGACACUCUCAAGCAGCAUUAGCUUGUUGGUAGUUGAUUUAAGAGAGGAUCGAGUAGGGAUGUCCACUUUCAACACACACUUAUGAGGAAUUCUCUCGAGAAUGAUGACUGUGACUGGCAGAGGAGAGAGAGAUCCAGACAGAGGACAGGAGACCAGAAUGACCACCAUGCAAACCCAGCCAAUCCCAGUGUACACACAGCUCUCAGGGCACCCCAGCCUGGCCACCUCACCUCUAGGGACCAUCAACAGGCCCAGGGGCCCUACCAGAGCCCAGCUCAAAGGACCUACAGCGGGGACGUCCUGGACAGACACCCAGGGGUGUUCCACAGGGUCGGCCAGCAACCUUUCACCCCCAGGACCCACAGGAACCAGCAUGACUCCUUCAUGUCUCAGUAUUGCUACUACACCCCACCGCCAGGCCAGAAGAAGGGACAGACUGAGAGGAAGACGCAUCCCUCUUCAUCACAGAACACCUCUGGGGGUAGUUGCCAUGGUCACAAGUAUCCUGCACAGUGGUCUAUCAAAUACAGUGCGACAAACACAGGAGCCGAUCAAGCUGGCAGGGAGGGAGAGGAGAAAGAGGGGGAUGAGGAGGAAGAGGAGGGGAAAUAUCUACAGUUCUUGGAAGAUGUGACCAAUGAUAUUUUACGCUACGGGUUCUACUCUGACAGGUGAAACGUUACAUUCAUGUGUUCCAUUCCAUUUCCAUGAAUGUAAGGCGGGAGGGCCGACAAGCUUUGGAGUCCCCUCGGAGAGCGGGCCUCCCAGAUGGCAAACAGUAUGUACAGGUCAUAUGCCGUAUUUUUGUAUUUUUUA